UUGUGGUACUCUGGAAAUGCGCCUUUUUUUUUUUUGAUUUACUAAUCAAGUAACGAGGUACGGUUGCUGUGGUGUUUAAAGUUUGAUGUUUAAUAAUGAAGAUCGAAGAAGUAAAAAAUACUGCGAAAACUCAGAGAAUUUCCGCUCAUACUCAUAUUAAAGGCUUAGGACUCGAUGAGAAUGGAAAUGCUAUACAAUUUGCAGCCGGUCUCGUUGGUCAAGAAAUGGCCCGAGAGGCUGCUGGAAUUGUUGUUGAUAUGAUAAGAUCUAAAAAAAUGUCUGGUCGAGCAAUUUUAUUUGCUGGUCCACCAGGAACAGGAAAAACCGCUAUAGCUUUGGCAAUAGCUCAGGAGUUGGGUAAUAAAGUGCCUUUUUGUCCAAUGGUAGGUUCAGAAGUUUACAGUUCUGAAAUCAAAAAGACAGAAGUACUUAUGGAGAAUUUUAGAAGAGCUAUUGGUUUAAGAAUCAAGGAAACAAAAGAGGUUUAUGAAGGAGAAGUUACGGAAUUGUCACCUUUAGAAACUGAAAAUCCAGUAGGCGGUUAUGGCAAAACAGUCUCACACGUUGUUAUUGGAUUGAAAACUGCCAAGGGAACUAAGCAAUUAAAACUUGAUCCUUUAAUUUAUGAAUCUUUACAAAAAGAAAAGGUCGAGGUUGGCGAUGUAAUUUAUAUCGAAGCAAAUAGUGGUGCAGUGAAGAGGCAAGGCAGAAGCGAUAAUUAUGCUACAGAAUUUGAUUUGGAAGCCGAAGAAUAUGUACCAUUACCUAAAGGCGAUGUUCAUAAGAAGAAGGAAGUUAUUCAGGAUGUAACGUUACACGAUUUGGAUGUUGCCAAUGCAAAACCUCAGGGAGGACAAGAUAUAAUGUCCAUGAUGGGACAAUUAAUGAAGCCAAAAAAAACAGAAAUUACAGAUAAAUUAAGAAAAGAAAUUAAUAAAGUAGUUAACAAAUAUAUUGAUCAAGGAAUUGCUGAGUUGGUGCCAGGAGUAUUAUUUAUCGAUGAGGUUCAUAUGCUUGAUAUUGAAACUUUCACCUACCUCCAUAGAGCUUUAGAAACAGCUAUUGCUCCUAUUGUUAUAUUUGCAACGAAUCGUGGACAAUGCGUUAUACGUGGAGCAGAAGAUAUUAUAUCACCACACGGAGUUCCUCUAGAUCUUCUUGACAGACUUCUCAUAAUAAAAACUUUGCCUUAUUCACGAUCAGAAAUUGAACAAAUUAUUAAGUUGAGAGCAGUCACAGAAGGUUUACAACUGGAAGAUGAAGCUCUCACAGUACUUAGCGAACUCGGCGCAAGGACAACUUUGAGAUACGUAGUUCAAUUAUUGACACCUGCUUCUUUAGCAGCCAAAAUUAACGGCAGAUCAAGUAUUAAAAAAGAAGAUAUCGAAGAAGUUAAACGUUUGUUCCUCGAUGCAAAAUCCUCUGCAAAGAUUCUUACGCAGCAGAAAGAUAAAUUUAUGAAAUAAUACUAGUAAUUUAUUUAAAUAUAAUAUAAUUUAAGCUUAAAG